AUGAACAAUCCCACCCAAAUAAAGGACUUGUGCGCAAAGGUCAAGGAAGACAUCUCUUUCAGCAAAGAGGUUCGUGGAUUCGACUUCGAGAGCGGAUGCACUCUUCAAGCACUCAUUGCCUCGUUUGAAACCACGGGCUUUCAGGGAUCCAACCUUUUCAAGGCAAUCAACGAAGUUGAGAGAAUGAAGAAUGCAAAGAUCUUUUUUGGAUGCACAAGCAACAUCAUCAGUUCUGGGCUCAGAGACAUCAUAGCAACAUUGGCAAAGCGUAAGUGUUUCAAUGUGCUGGUAACAACAGGAGGGGGAAUAGAGGAGGAUCUCAUCAAAACAUUCAAGCCAACAUUCUGUGCUGACUUCAGGCUUGAUGGAGAGCAGCUAAGGGAGAACGGAAUUAACAGAAUAGGGAAUCUUGUUAUUCCAAGCAAGAACUAUGAAGAGUUUGAGACAUGGAUCAGCAAGGUUAUAGAUGACCUGACCGAAGGAUAUUCGGAGCAGAGCCCGCGAAUUCUUACGCCUUCUGCAUUCAUAAGAAUACUUGGAGAAAGAAUAGCAGAUGAGUCAUCUGUUCUGUAUUGGGCAGCAAGGAAUAAGAUUCCGGUGUAUUCGCCAGCAAUUACUGAUGGAUCGAUUGGAGAUAUUCUGACAUUCCACAAAAGAAGGCGCAUGCUAAAGCUUGACAUUGUUGAGGAUGCAUAUCUCAUGAACUGUGAAGGCAUGACAUCGCAGGAAACAGGCGCCAUUAUCCUGGGGUGUGGGCUGGUUAAGCAUCACAUCCUGAAUGCAAAUCUGUUUAAGGAUGGCCUUGAGUAUUGUGUGCUGAUUAACAAUGCACAGGAGUUUGAUGGAAGCGAUGCAGGAGCCAGCCUUGAAGAAGCGGUUAGCUGGGGGAAAGUUAAGCCUGGAAGCAGAGGAGUAAAAGUAUUUGGAGAUGCCACUGUGCUAUUCCCACUGCUGGUUUCGGCAACAUUCAUGAAAAGCCAGGCUAUAGUGCAGCAACCAGUAAACUAUCAGAAGGAUUCAGUGGCCGAUGAGCUAUCAGAAGCACAAUAA